GCAAGUUCCUACGUUAUUAAUACAUUUCAUCAUCAAUUUACUAUCCUGCAGAUACAUAUCAUUAAUUGUUCAAAAGGAAGGUAAUAGUACUGAGUUAAAGCGUACAGUUUUUAAAGGCCUUCCCCAAGGUUCUGUACUUAGCCCACUUUUAUAUAACAUUUACACAUAUGAUUUAGAAUCAUCUGUAAAUUCCCAUGUAAAUGUGCUGCAAUAUGCAGAUGAUCUUCUUUUUUAUUCCGUAAAGAAAUCUAUUGAUAAGGCUUGCAAGUCUAUGUCUAGUUCAUUUAAUUGUCUUAAUGUCUGGUUGGUUAAAAAUGGCUUAGAUCUCUCAGUGUCCAAAAGUUCAAUUGUCGUAUUUUCCAAAAAACGUACAACUCCUGUCAUAAAUGUGACCUUCAAUGGUGAACCUUUGCCACUACAAACAAAAAUUAAAUUUUUAGGAGUAAUAUUAGAUUCAAAACUGUGUGGACUUGCCCAUUAUGAACAUGUUGAUAUGAAAUGUGCUCAGCUGCUUAAUAUCAUGAAAUGCCUCUCAGGUGUAUGGUGGGGUGCUCAUCCGUUUUCUAUGAAACUUGUGUAUAACGCUCUUGUAAGAUCUGUCCUAGAUUAUGGAACAUUUCUAUUAGACGGUGGAAGUGUCUUGGGAAGCCAAAAACUUGAUGUCAUUCAGUCAAAAGCUUUAAGAAUUGUGACAGGAGUGAUGAAAUCUAGCCCAACCAAUGCUUUACAAGUAGAAUGCUGUGAUCCUCCUUUAAAAUUAAGAAGACAAUUUCUAAGUGAUCGAUUCUUGUUCAAAUCAAUGCAGUUUUCUAACCAUCCUCUACAUGAAAAACUGCAUAAAUUGAACAAUAUUAUUUAUACAUCCCGUUACUGGCGUCACAAAUCGUUACCAUGUCUAAUAAUAAGUUUUCGUAAAUUUUUAACAAUACACAGCCGCAUUUAUCGAUCUCCAUCAUUACCCAUUUUUAUGACACCGUUCAAUUCUUUAAUUCUAGCUCCGGAUAUAAGAUAUAAUAUAGGCGUCAGUAAGCAAGAUAUUCUGGAGACAAAUAUUCGUUUUAUGAGUAGAGUUGAGGAACAAAAUUGGAAUGGCUGGGAUUAUAUUUUUACAGACGCCUCUAAAAUCUCUGUUGAUGAUUGUGUUGGAGUUGGCCUAGUUCAUUGGCAACAUAAAAUAGUACAAAAAAUUAAACUUCCUCCUGAAGCCUCGGUUUUUACCGGAGAAUGUUUUUCUCUUUUAAAAGCUUUAGAACUAAUUAUUUUAUUGAAAUCUAAAAGAACAAUCAUAUUCUCAGACUCAAAAAGUGCACUUCAAACUAUUGAAAAGUUUCCUUUUCAUAUGAAACCUUGUUAUCCUAUUAUUUGCGAAAUACGUGACAAGCUUUUCAUAUGUUCUCAAAGAAAUUACGCCAUUAUCUUUGCAUGGAUUCCAAGUCACUGUGGUAUCAAAGGAAAUGAGAAAGCCGAUCAGCUUGCCAAGGAAGCUAUAAAGGACGGAGAUAUAGUCCCAUACAUGAAUUAUUGUCAUGAUUUAGCUGCUCUUCCCAAAACCCAUCUUUGGGAGUCAUGGAAUAAUGUUUGGUUGAAAAGCAGCGAGAUCAAGGGCAAAUAUUAUGCUGAAAUUCAACCCAGGAUCCCCAGUAAACCAUGGUUGUUUAAAGUGAAAAGUUCUAAAAUUGUCACUUCUAUUAUUUCCAGAAUGCGUUUAGGACAUGUUUGUACUCCUCAUCAUUUAGCAAGGAUUCGUGUUGUUGACAGUAAUAUUUGUGAGUGUGGAGAAGAUAUUGGUGACCUCGACCAUAUUUUCUUUGCUUGUUCCCAGUAUGACCGCACCUCCUUUCUGAAUUCCUUACAAUUACUACACGUUCCGUUUCCGACUAAAAUCUCCUGCCUUUUACAUUAUCCUUUAUUGUAUUAUAAUGCAUUAUCUUCUUUCAUAAUCAAUAAUAAUAUUAAGAUUUAAA